AUGUCUACAGCUAUAGGAUCUUGGGCAGAUGCUGGUGAUGAAUUUUCUGCACCUCCAGAAAUAAUAGUUAAUCCAGAUGGUACAAAAACUGUCAUUACUUUUAGAACAAAUCAAGAUGGUAAAAAAGUUAAAAUAACUCAAAAAAUAAGAGAAAUUAAAGUUGAAGAAAAAGUUCAUCCUUUAGUUGCAUUAAGAAAGAAUUGGAAAAAAUAUGGUAAAGAAAAAAAUUCACCUCCUGGUCCAGAUACUAGUACAACACAGUUGGGUGAAAAAGUUGAAUUAAAAUUAGGAUUAAGUUGGAAACAAGUUGAAAAGAAAGAAGAAGAAGAAAAAGCACAAGAAAGAGCCAGUAAAAUUGCUGUACAAACUAUAAAAUGUAGAACAUGUGGUGGUGACCAUUAUACUGCUAAAUGUCCAUUUAAAGAUACAUUAGGUGUAUCAACAGAAACUAAUCAAACAACACCAGAACCUUCAUCAACACAAGAUUCAUCAUCAUCACAACCAGGUAGAUAUGUUCCACGUCAUUUAAGACCUGAUGCUCAAGGUAAUGUACAAAGUAAAGAAGCAAGAGAUGAUUCAUCAACAUUAAGAAUAUCACAAUUGAAUUCAUUUGUUGAUGAAGAUAUGAUAAGAAAUGAAUUAUUAGCAAGAUUUGGUCCAUUACAAAGAGUUACAGUUGUUAGAAAUAAAGAAAGUGGUGAAUCAAGAGGUUUUGCUUAUGUUACAUUUGCGACUGAAGAAAUUGCUCAAAAAGCAUUGGAUUUAUUGAAUGGUAAAGGUUAUCAUUCAUUAAUUUUACAUUUAGAAUGGUCAAAAAAGAAGAAAACAUGA